AUGCGCUUCUCCUCUAUCCUACAGGCGUCGCUGCUGGCGGCCUCUGCGCAGGCAUCUCUCGUGGAUAUCAAGGUGCCCAAGGCGGUCCGCAAGGGCGAGUCUUUCGCGGCCUUUGUCCACGUCCAGAGCGGCAUGAGCAGCGGUGAGGUCGCAUACAUCUGGGGCGAGCUACCCAACGACCUCAACAGCCCGGACAAUGAGAUGGGUCAGAUCUUGACCGUCACUGAUGCGAAAACUCUCCAACUGGGGGAGAACCAGGUUCGGAUGCCUGGCUUGUUUCGGUUCAACAACGGCGAAGUUACGCUCAAGGUGCGAGUCAUUACAUACGCAGGCGUAGCAGGGACGCUGGAUCACUUCAAUUGUCAGACGAACAUCAAGCAAGGUGACCGGACCAGUAGCGACUUUGUGCCUCUGGACUGCAAGCGAUAG